GUUGCCAGUGGCUGAAUUUGAGGGUUCGCGAUCGGUGAGUUCAUGCCGCAUUUGCCGGACGGCAGCUUUGCUCGCGGCGAGAAGUGGUUCGCAAAGCGGGGUCGUCCAAAGAAUCAUACAGAGGAGUUCUGGCUGAAGUACGAAGGAUUUGGCUGCCAGGCCUUUGAGGCAGGAGAGAUUGGAAUCACCGCCUUGCACAAAGCGGCGGCUUUUGGAUGGCCACAGCAGGCCCAAUUCCUGCUGGCCCGAAACGCUGAGAUUGUUUCAGCGAGGAGCAAUGUACCAGUCAAACGAACAUCAGAUCAUUCUUCAAGGAUAUCCAAGGACAUCUGCACAUCAGUCCGCUAGAGACGUGGCAGAGCGUGGAGCGGCCUGGUGCAUGGCUAAUGGCAAGACCAAUAAGGAGCGUCAGCAACAUCAGGAGGUAGCUGACCUUUGUGCCCGUGCGGAGAACGGUGAAGCGAUCACCUUCGAUGUGGUUGGGAGCAACUGAGCUCGUUUGACCACACACAUUCUUUUGCUAAACGCAAGUAAGACAUCGUAACACGAUGUAGAACGUCGUAGUCAUAGACUUAUUUCGGUUUGACUCGGGCCGGAAGUACAAUAUGUAGAAUUAUAUGACGUUGCAGCCCUACCGAAACUGGCGGGGCAGUCACACAGAAAACGACGAGAUUUCAAUGAUUUCAGCGAUUUGACAAAA